AUGCAGUAUUCUGUUUUUAUUGCUACCUAUUUGGGUAAGAUGUUGAUAAGCAAGGAGGAGGGAUUAGCUUUCCGUGGUCACGAUGAAUCUCAAGGUUCAAGUGAUAAAGGAAAUUUCCUUGAGCUUGUACAAUUUUUGGGGGAUCACAAUGAAUCUAUCAAUGAAGUGUUGCAAAAAGUUCUGAAAAAUUGCAAGCUUACCCACCCUGAUAUUCAAAAAGACAUUGUGAAUGCAAUUGCACGUGAAACAUCCAAAGCCAUCAUCAAGGAUCUUGACAAUGGGUUCUUUUCAAUUUUAGUUGAUGAGUCACGUGAUAUCUCAGUGAAAGAACAAAUGGCCCUCAUUCUUCGUUAUGUGAACAAAGAAGGAAUUAUUAUAGAGUGA